AUAGGAGGCGGAGUGGGAGGAGCCAGCUUCCGUGAAAAAUGUGCUUACAAAUAUUAAACUGUACAAUAUUUACAGUAAUUAGAGAAUCUAGCAAUUAAAGGCAAAGACUUCUAACCUGAAAGUUGCUGGCUCAGAUCUUAAGAGGAAUACUACCUUUAAAGAACAGAACUGAAAUUACUCCAAUAAAGUAUCCAGUUGUACAAGUAGGUAAAACAGAACAAAAGCAACAGCUAAGCAACUAGAUACUGAUGGCAACCAUGUUAGUGUAGUGAAAAUGGGCAGUUUUCUUGCGCAUGAAGAUAUUUAAAGAUCCAUCCAUCCAUUCAUCAUCUUUAAGUACUUGUCCAUUGCAGAGACGCGGUGGCUUAGAGCGUGUCUUGGAUCAUGUAGCAGUGAGGUAGGGUAGAUCCUGGAUAGGAUGCCUGUUCAUUCCAUGGUAAAGCUAUUGGAGUUUAAAUGAGUUUUACUGCUGCCUUGAAUAUACCUAAAAUUUCUUAAAUGGCUUGGGGUCCAACUUGGGCGGAGGCAAUAUCGGUUAGAAUUUGAGGAGAGGAUCCCAACUGAGUGACAUUGCUCCAACUCAGCAGGACUCUUUGUAGUGUCAGAUCGCAAAAUUAACACACUUUUCAGACUCUUGUAUGAUAUCUUGUGUUGAAGUUCUGAGAGGAAAAAGAGGAACUGUGAAAAAGGAAGCGAAAAAUCCCAUAGAAUCAAACAAACAAAGUCAUCUUGUCACACUUCACAGAAAGUGACCUUCUAAACUGUAGAAAUCAGCCCCAGUUAUGAGAUAAUAAGCUGCACAUUCAGUCUAACCUUUGGUCACCCUCUGCGGGUCUCUGUUCACACGUUGCACGCAAUGCAUGAUUUUUUUUCCAGACAUAUUAAUGCUGCAGUUGUACCCAGUGCAAAGCGCAGAAGCGUUCAGCUUCUUGAACAGUUUUAUAUAUUAUCUAAAGCCUCGCUGAUGUAAUUCCUUGAACGAUUUAAGGUGAUUCUGUAGUGGGGAGGAUUACAAUUAGGUGGCUAUUUGCUUUCCAGCAGGGUGGUGCAAGAGGCCAAGUGUAUGUGAGGGAGAGAGAGAGAGAGUCAGUGUGUGUGUGUGUGUGUGUUAGCUGUACUGCAGGGAGCGGGGGUGGGGUUGCUGGGAAGUGGAGAUGGCCUUCCUGUAAACUACCACGUACCAAUCAGAGCGCUUCUUUGCUCUUAGCCGGGCUGGCUGAGGGCCAACCGGAUCAGCAGAUACGGAAACCAAGAGCAGAGAGGCGAAGAGCGAGCACGAGCGAGAGCAGCGUAACGAAGCAGAACACCGUCUCCGCUCGUGUCAAGGGAAGCCGUCAAGGAGUAAACACCAGAAGAAGCGUCCUGCUGCGAGGACUUUCUUCUUCCCGGUGACAAAACCAGAGUGCAGCAGAGCAGCAGGGAUGGCUGUCCGCAACAGGCCCCUGAAUUCCACCAUGCCCUUCACCGUGGGCCACCGCAAGGAGCCGUUCGCCAAAGGCUCAAACCUGGAGCCAGGGACAGGCGGCAAGGCCAAGGGUUCUGAGGACGACGUCCUGUGCAGCAAGAUCCCACACCUAAUAUGCAAAGUCUGGAUGGAAGGCACUGCCAAGUACAUGGGCAAUGGGCAGUUACACCUGGAGAAGCUUUCCUCCUUCAUCGCCCAGGCAGAAUGUGAAGGAUCACAGGAGUUUAGCCCCAGUUCCCAGGAACGCCCCUACUUCAGCUCCCCCAACUGUUUCACCACCAGGUAUCCUACAGAACACAACAAUGUGGUCUGGAGAGACUCCUUCACCGAGCGCCUGGGUAGUCAGUUUCACCGCUCCCCGAGGAAGCACAGAAGACAGCGACGGAGGAAGCAGAAGGUGAAGAAGAGGUCCAGAGAGAGACCCAGGAGACUUCUGGGGUUGCCGGAGCAGGAGAGUAGCAGCCCUUUGCAGCUGACGCAGAAGACGACACUAGGAUGGAUCGGGAACAUUAGCGGCUGCAGCAGCAGCUCCAGUGUCGUCUACAGCAGCGGCGGUGGCGGCCAUACCUUGGGGGUGCAAGAGACGGAGCAGCCUGAUUGGCGGGUGCCAGAUUUGGUGGAGCCAUCAUAUCCCCCCCUUUCCGUUCUCCAGUUAGUUUCUUCAUCCUCCACCCAACCUUGGGGGUCUGUGAGCUGCGGCGCCCUGCCUGGGCUCUCCUACUGCAGCCAGGAGAGUGGCUCCGUGUCGGAUUCAGACUUCGACUGCACCCUGGCCCUCCAGGGACUGCGCGGAAGCGUGAGCCAGGAAGACCGCUGCUUUGCCCCAUCCUUCUUCAAGGAGGUGGAGAGGGAUGCCAGGGGAGAUGGGAAGAUUACAGGAGACAACACGAACAGCAACGAGGGCCUGCUUUUCCAUUCCGAGGAGAAACUUCAGCCCAAUGAUUAUGAGUACCGGGAGGGAAAAGACUACUCCCUGCUGAACUCGAUUCAGAAUGGCGCUUACGGUGAUGUUUACCGUGUGCAGGACAUGAAGACCAGCUUUCAGUGCGCUGCCAAAAAGGUACCCCUGGACCGCUUCCGAGGCGAAGAGGUGGGCACGUGGAGUGUCCUCAAUUCCCGCCGUGUCGUGGAGCUCUUCGGGGCCGUCCGGGAAGGCCCGUUUGUCAUCUUCUUCAUGGCCCUCAAGUCAGGUUCCGUGGGUAAGCUGCUGAAAGAGAGAGGGCGCCUUCCGGAGGACCUCGCCCUCCACUACCACCGCCAGGUCCUGGAGGCAAUCGAGGACCUGCAGCGAAAGCGAGUCCUGCACUUGGACAUUAAGGCGGACAAUGUCCUGUUAUCAGAAGACGGCAGGGACACCUACCUCUGUGACUUUGGCCACUCGGUGAGACUGGACACAAAAGGACGGGGCACCGGAGUCUCAUCAGGGGAGGACUUUCCAGGGACCGAGAGCCACAUGGCCCCUGAGGUGGCCAAGGGGGAAGACCUCGGCACCAAGGCGGACGUGUGGAGCAGCUGCUGCAUGCUGCUGCACAUGCUCAACGGCUGCCCGCCCUGGACCCGCUACUACUCCCACCCUCUCUUCCUCACGAUUGCCAACAAACCCCCACCUGUAGGAGAAAUCCCACACAGCUGUUCGCCCCGCACUGCUGAGGUCAUCAAGGCGGGGCUCGUCAAGGACCCGGAGAAAAGGGCCUCUGCCAAAGAACUGAGGGAGAAGGUGUCAAGAGCUCUUCAAGAAGUUGGCGGACUCACGAGCCCCAUCCGCGGAGCCUAUCGGGAACCGGCGAGGGCGGAACCGCCCCAGCACUUCGACCCCACCUGCCCUCCGGUGACCUCCGACUCCAGCUCUUCCAUAAACGCAGACCUCAAGCAAGUGCCACAGUCUCUGAGCAUCUGGAGAGAGGAGGCAUGUGAGGAUGAUGAGGAGGAGGAGGAGGCGGCGGAAGGGGAUCGAGGAGAGAGGGAGCGCUCGUCUCAGGGGACACUGGUCGCAUUGCAGCCCCGCUCCGGAGUCCACGAAGACAAAACGGCCGAGGACACCUUCAGCGUGUCGGAGCAGGAGCUGCAGAAGCUGGAGAGAGACUUCUACCUGAGCAGCUUGUCGCAGCCGUACUCCCCCGAGCUCCAGGAGCGGCUGCUGUCCUGUCUGAGCAGUGACUACAGCUCUCACGUGGAGCCCGGCGACAAGGACUUGGGUCGCUGUUCAGUGCACAGCAGCGAUGACCUCAGCUCCGGAGUCUUCUCCUACAACAGCCAGGAGGGACUGAGCUUCGGCGUGGACUGGCUGAGUCGCUCCAAACCUCCGACUCCCCGCUGCCUCGAAGGGGUGGACGUGUGGAUACAGAACUUUGACGGACGCUGCCUGAAAAUCCGAGAGACCCGCAAGGUCAAGGUGGGCCACAUCGCCACAGGCAUCAGCGAGCAGAUUUCGGAGAGGGCCUUCAGCCUGGAGACACAGGACGGGCGGUUGGUGUCCCCCGACGAGGAGGUGGGCAACUCAGGCCUCUACCUGCGCUGCACGCACGCUCUCAGCAGCAGUGGCCUCUGGAAGUGGAGGGUCAGGGACGGGGUGCUGGACAUGAGGGACUGAGCGCCCUCUCAAUGUGACAACACCGCCCCCCCCGCCUUGCGGUCCACCGCCGCUGCAUCGAAGACAUCUGCGUUCCUUCCAUUUACUAAGUGCCCGUAAAUAUACUCUUUACCACAGCAUCUCACAGCCCGUACAAAGACACAUCGUAUUGUAAGGAUCAGCGUGUUGGAAGUGACUGCCAGGCAAGACAGAACAGUCUUUUACACUUGUUGUCCUCAUUUGUGAUUUAUUCCAACCAAGCUACCGUUUCCAAUGUGUCCAGCUGUAAUCAAGCUGCCGUUGCCAACGUCUGGGGGUGUUUUAAGGUGGGCUGGGGCCAUGGAAGAGACAGGGACAUGGUUUGUCUUGUAUACAGCAAAGUUGACAUCAUGGGAGAGCAGAGGAUCCUUGAGCAAAUGUGAAACCAGAUGGAUUCUGUCCCCUGGUGCCAUUUCCUGUUGUCAGCACAAACCGUGACACCUGUCCAUAUUUUGACCCGUUUUCCUUCCCUACUUUUGCCUCCAGACUGAAACUCUGCUUGAACAUGGCACAGAAAUACAGGGCAUUUAAGGGCUUACUGUUGCCAUACGCGCCAAGUGAUUCCAUUUGUUUCUGU